CACCAUGGCCGAGCUGCCCGGCUGCUGCCGGCCCUGUGCCACCUGCCUGCUGUGCCUCUACAGCUGCCGCUGGAUCAGCGCCAGGAAGGAGAAGAGGAAGGGCCUGAGAACCACCAAGUGCGACUGCAGCUGGUUCCUCUUCCUCUUCUGCGUCUUCCUCUUCACGCUGGUGUGGCUCUACUUCGCCAUCGUCAUCCUCAAUGAUUUCCACAACUUCAAUGAGUUCAUCUUCAAGCAGAGGAAGCUGUGGCUCGACUGGUCCCUGCUCCUGCUCGUAGCCACGGCAGUGCUGAUCACCUACUCGGCCGUGCUGCUGGUCCUUGCUUUGUGCUUGCAGCUCUGCGGGCAGCCCUUGAAGCUGCACUGGGUGCACAAGAGCCUGCUGAUUGUCACAGCGCUGGUGGUGGCUGCAGCCUUCACAGGCCUGGGAAUAAAGUGGGCGGAGGAGUGGAGAAGCGCCCGCAUCUCCUUGCAGGCCACGGGUCCCUUCCUGCACAUCGGCAUCGUGGGGGGAAUGACGCUGCUGGCCUGGCCGCUGGCCAGCUUCACCUACCGCAGCCGCAGGGCAGGUCUCAAAGUGUUCCUGCUGCUCAUGUACAGCACGGUGAUGGUUGCCCUGUACCUGUCUCCCCUCGUGAUUACCUCCCCCUGCAUCAUGGAGGAGAACCAGCUGCCCCCCAAGCCAGCCCUGGUGGGCCACCGCGGGGCCCCCAUGCUGGCACCUGAGAACACCCUCAUGUCCCUGCACAAGGCGGUGGGCUGCGAUGUGCAGGUCUUCGAGACGGACGUCAUGGUGAGUGCCGAUGGGGUCCCGUUCCUCAUGCAUGACGAGAAGCUCACCCGGACCACCAACGUGCAGGACGUGUUCCCCGAGAGGGCCUCACUCAACAGCACUGCCUUCAACUGGACAGACCUGCAGCAGCUGGACGCUGGCAGCUGGUUCCUGGAGCGGAGGCCGUUUUCCACUGUGCAGAGUCUCUCUGCUGGCGACCGCAAGCAGGCGAGUAAGCAGAAGAUCCCAUCCCUGGAAGAGGUGCUGGAGGCAGCCAAGCACAGCAACAUCUCCAUCAUGUUUGACCUCCGGCCUGAGAACCACACCGAUUACCAGAGCUUUGUCAAUGCCACGCUGGACGCGAUCCUGCAGUCGGGCAUCCCACUGCAACAGAUCCUCUGGCUGCCAGAUGGGUUCAGGGAGCAGGUCAAGCAGCAAGUCCCAGGCGUCCAGCAGGUUUAUGGCCGGAAGAGACUCCAGGAUGAGAAGGAGCCACUGCUGCAUGUUAACCUGCCCUACCAGGACAUGAGCUCCGAGGAGAUCAGGCAGUACCGCCAGGACAACAUCUCCGUCAACCUGUACGUGGUCAAUCAGCCCUGGCUCUUCUCGGUGCUGUGGUGUGCUGGGGUGAGCUCCGUCACCACCAACGCCUGCCAGGUGCUGAAGGAGAUGAAACACCCCAUCUGGCUGCUUGUAAGUGACCCCUGCAUCCUUCACAGGCCCUGCUCUGUCACAGUCCUGUGCCCCAGGCUGCUGUGGUCUCCUCCUGCAGUGGCACCUCAGCAGCUGUCUGGAGGGAGGGUGGGUUUAACCCAGCGCUGUGCUGGGAGGGAUGAGCCUGGGAAGGGGUGGCCCUGCACAGGACAGGCUGGCAGAGCAGUGCAGGCUGUGCCACCAGAGCUGGCUGGUGCUCAUCGCCGCCUUGUUGCCCUGCAGCCCAGCAGCACCUACCUGAUGAUCUGGAUCGUUGCGGACUGCGUCUCCUUCCUUAUGAUCCUGUGGGCCUUCCUCCUGGUGAAGAAAUGCUCCAAGAGAAGACGGGCAGCAGAGUCCGAGACGGACGUGCUGCUCACCAAGAUCAACAGCCUGAUGCAAGAGUGACCCUCCGGCCUGUGCCCGCCCUGGGGAGGAGCAGCUGGAGCCGAGCCCAGCUC